AUGAAUCUUUUCUUCAUCGUUGUCAUUUUGCUCUGCCUUUCUUUGGCCACCGCCGUCAACUUCACUCAAGUCUUCGAAUGGCCCGCUGGAUUGAACUACGAGUGGCCGUCGGAGGAAAAAAGGAUACAGGCCUUGGGAUCUGGAGCUUUCAAACCACAGAAUAUUGAACCUAUUUUCAUGGCUGUCUACGGAACAAGGAUCUUCCUCAGCCUUGAGAAAUAUGUUGUCAUUCCGGUGACUCUGGGGUCUUUGCCAACGAGCAGCGAAACCUCUGCACCUCCAAAGCUCACUCCAUUCCCUUCGUGGGACAUGCAUAAAGAUGAACAUGGAGACUGCAACAAAAUUGAAGAAGCAAAAGGAUUGGAAGUGGACUCCUUUGGAAGGCUGUGGGUGAUCGACAGCGGAAGCGAAAAUUGCAAUGCAAAACUAUGGAUUUUCAACUUGGCCAACAACGAUAAAACCGAACUCAUUCAUCGUUUUUCUUUUGCCAAAUAUCUUGCCGACUUGGUGCUCGACGAAACGCCCAACGGAUAUUUCGCCUACAUGGCUCGGUGGCGUCAUCAACACAUUGUCGUGUUUAGUUUGGGCAAAAACCAAUCUUGGACAGUGGACACGCCUGGAGUCGAGGCCUACUCCAUUGCCCGGUCCCCUAAAAAGGAACCAAGACAAAUCUACCUCAGCAAUUCCCGCAAUUUCGACACCAGUGAAUUUUUUUCGAUUUCCGCUACCGCACUUCGCUCAAACGGAACUCAAACUGCAUAUCCAAAACUAAUCGGACAAUGGACUGAAAUUCUACCGUAUAGAAUGCUGAUGGACAACCACGGGACAAUGUAUGCCGCCUUUUACAGGAAGAAUUACAUAGCCUCUUGGAACCCAUACCAGUCAAUGCAGGAGCAGCGUUUUCUUGAGGUAAUUGAAAAAUUGUGA